AUUCAGUGUUCCUAUUGAUGUUAAACUGAAUCAAAUUCUUACAAUCCUGCAUCAUCGUAUUUUGUGCUGUUAACUGAAGAUCAAAUAAUGCAUCAUGGUGAAUGUUAUGAAAGGAGUCCUUGUGGAAUGUGAUCCGGCAAUGAAGCAGUUCCUUCUGCACUUGGAUGAAACCCUCGCACUUGGUAGAAAGUUUAUCCUACAAGAUUUAGACGAAACCCAUUUGUUUAUAUCCUCAGAUAUUGUUGAUACACUUCAAGCAAGAGUUGAUGAUUUGAUGGACCAACUGAGUAUCCCGGUUCAUGAUAAAGGAUUGUAA